AUGGACCACGUCUCUGCGCUCACACAGCAGUUUCUCCUACAGAUCCAGGUGCUGGCAAGAGAGCAUGGUGUCUUGAAGUACCAACAGGAAGGGCAAAACCACGCCCAGAACGCCGCGUUGAUGGCUGUGCCAGCCUCAACAGAGAUCAGGAACGUACAAGAUGAACGAGGCGGUCAAAUCGAAAGCUACGUUAGUGAUCGACUUACCCAGGCGAGCCAAGACGUACAAUACGAAUUCUACCAGAAGAUGAUGCUGAUGGAGCGCAACAUGGACGGCACUCUAUCGCGGAUAAUGGAGCAAGUCCAAAAUCUUAUCAAAGACAAGUUAAUUAAGGAUAAUCUCAAAGCAAAGACAGCACAGAUGGUGCAGACACAAAUGGAGAAGUCUACUGAUCAUGCUGCGGCCGAAAUUAAUGGAGCAUGUGCUCAAACUCGUCGAUGA